ACACGGACGCAAUAUGAGGCUGCCCGGUCGAGUCAUAUUGAAUUAUGUCCGACUGACUUUAUUUUUGAUAAUAUGAAAUUGUAGAAUGACAUGCAUUAACUAAACAUGUGGAAUCAAGUUCGUAAACUCCAAAAGAAUAGGACAGUGAAAUAUGGGAUCCCGAUGCUGCUGCUGGUUGUUGGAGGGUCGUUUGGAUUGAGAGAAUUCACACAGAUUAGAUAUGAUGCACAGAAGAUGAAAAAGAAGCUGGACCCUGCACUGGAAGCCCGGGUGAACACUAAAAAACAGUCGGCCAUACUUCAGGAGGAGUAUGAGAAAUUAAAGGAUUUGGACUUGGAUGGAUGGAAGAACAUUCGUGGCCCACGUCCCUGGGAGGAUUCGAAGGAGUACCAGGAGGAGCAGCGAGCUCCACUCAAGAAAGGCACAUAAAACUCUAAAACCUUAAACUCCCCCUGCUGGCCCACAGAUGUAACACACCAAUAAAAACUGUGCAG